CAAACCCGAAUUCCAAUUUCGGACCGACCCAUUUAUUCGACGCUCUUUCUCCGUAGUCGACUUGUUUUGAACGUUUCUCAUCAAGUCAAACGCUGUCUCUUUCGAAAUAUUUAUAUAAUUCCCUCCUUUCUUUCUUUCAUAGAAGGGAGAAAACUGUUUGUGGAACUGAAACGUGAUCACAUCUUCAAUUUUGGUAUACUUUUGGUAGUUGACUCCACGAUUAAUGAGUACCCAGACUUCGAACGGGUGAAGAUUUGAGGAAUGAAAAUGGGUUGUUGUAGUGAAACUGAAGAUGAAUUUUUGGAUGCCCACGAAGUGUUUGUUUCAUCGUCUGACUCAGGUUCUGAAUGCGAUGAUUGUUCUACUUCUGGGUUUGGAUACGAUUCUUGGGUUGGUAAUCUUGAUAGUGUCGAUGAACGUCGUAAUCGGUUUAUGAGAUCCAUGGGUUUGAGUUCUAAACGACUCGUAAGAGAUGAAGAAAACAAACACGAAAACGAUGGUUUUUAUCAAGAUUUAGAUGAAACAGAAAAAAAUCCCGAGCCUGUUUCGCAACAAAAUUUGGAUCUUGAAGAUGGUUUUUUGAUUAGGCAGCCUUCGUUAUCUUGUUGGUCGAAUAUGGCUAUCCAAUUAGGAUCAUCUGGUUCUUUAAAAGAGAAUCUUGGUGGCAAUACUCGAAACCCGAAUGAAUCAAGUGAAGAUAGAUCAAUCAAGAAAUCAUUCGACUUCAGUACAGAUAUGUUAACGGAGUUUAUGGCAAAAUUCCGUUCAUCUUCUCAGCGUUCAUCAUCGCGAAGAGAAAGCGAGAACAGUAGUUUGUUGGAUAGGAGAAAGAAAGGGAAGAAGGGUUGGCUUCAGAAGCUACACAUUAUGGCUCGAACAACGGAUCACCAAGCGGAAUCAUCUAACUCAAAUGAUGUUGCUUGUACUCGUGCGGUUCAUGUACAUGCAAACAAAAAGAAAUCCAAAGAAUUAUCAUCCGUUUACACCACACAAGACUUUCCGGCACAUAACGGCUCCAUUUCCGUACUUAAGUUUAGUCACGAUGGCAGAUACUUGGCAAGUGCCGGUGAUGAUGGUAUUGUGCGAAUUUGGGAGAUUUCCGAACAGGAUCAUGAUCCAAGAAACUGUGAGAUUCAAGAAAACGAUCCUUCGAAACGCUACUUUUCAACAAACCAUCUCUCUGAAUUAGCUCCGAUCAAAGUGGACAAAGAAAAAACCCGAAAGAUUAUGAGGAAAUCAUCAGAAGUGGCGUGUGUUAUUCUACCACCAAAAGUCUUUAGGAUCUUGGAGAAACCUGUGCAUGAGUUCCAUGGUCAUGGUGGCGAGAUCUUGUCCCUGGCUUGGUCUACAAAAGGGUAUCUUCUAUCGUCAUCCGUUGAUAAAACUGUUCGAAUGUGGAAAGUCGGACACGAUGAAUGCCUCAAAGUUUUUACCCAUAACAACUACGUGACGUGUGUAGAAUUCAAUCCGAUGGAUGAAAACCAUUUCAUUAGCGGCUCCAUUGACGGAAAAGUACGCAUUUGGGAAGUUCGCGGUUGUCAGGUUGUUGAUUGGAUUGAUAUCCGAGAAAUCGUGACUGCUGUCUGUUAUUAUACAAACGGAAAGGGAUGCAUUGUGGGAACUCUAGAUGGCAACUGCAGUUUCUAUGAUAUCAUAGAUAAACGGUUGCACCUGGAUACCAACAUAUGUGUGAUGAGUAAAAAGAAGUGGCCAAGACGAAUAACUGGAUUUCAGUUCUGCCCUACCGACUCGAGGAAGGUUAUCGUUUCAUCUGCUGAUUCACAAGUCAGAGUUCUUUGUGGAGUCAAUGUUGUUGGCAAAUUUAAAGGAAACCGAAGUUCGGGAAGCCAGUUAUCGGCAACCUUCACCGCAGACGGAAAACACAUCGUGUCAACCGGUGACGACUCGAAUAUAUACAUCUGGAACCACAUUAGUUCCGAUAAGCUCUACACAAAAGCCAAAAGCAACUUAUCGUGUGAGAGUUUCUUCUCCGAAAACACUUCAGUCGCCGUAACAUGGCGUGGCAUCAAAACCAUAGCAGCGGCAUUUCCGUCCCCGAGAUCAACCAACAUCAACACCACUCUUCCAAGAAGCACGAUAAAGUCACCCAGAAUGCCAUCACUAAACGUAAACCGCAGUUUUUUGUUGAGGAGUCCUCCGACACAUCCGGCAGAAACGCUUCCAGAUGCGACUCAAGUUUGCGUUUCGCCCUCGAUGCGCAAGUCCGAGUAUAAGUUUUUGAGAAGCGCGUAUCGGAGCACGUUCGUUGCUCCGCAUACGUGGGGUCUCGUGAUCAUCGCUGCGGGUUUGGAUGGUCGGAUUAGAACGUACGUCAAUUACGGGUUACCGGUCCGACUGUGAAACCGGAGAGUUUCGACCUUCGCUUAUACUAUUCAGCAAUAUACUAGUAUAUAUAUAAUAUACUCAUACAAAAUUUGUUUUCCCCUGUAGUUGCCUUAAAUCAAGUAUCUUGGCAAGUAUAUAAGCUUUACAUAUUUUUUUCAAUUGUAAUUAUUAUGAUU